AUGGAUCUGAAGAGGGGACUGUGGGGUCAAAGGGAAGAAUUCAGACUGCAGCUAGAAGAGACAGACAGAGAGAGGGAGGAGAGCAAGGAAAAGCUUCAGUUAGUGGAGGAGGCAAUAGCAGAGAGUGAGAAAGAAAAGGCAACUGACAAAACAGAAGGGUACUUGAGAGAAAAACAAAGCCUGUUAAAGGCUCAGUGGAAACUGGAGAAGAGAAAGGAAGAACUGGAGAACCAGCAACUGAACAUGGAGAAACUGCUGCAGAAAACAGAGGGUUUAAUAGCAACAAUAACAGAGAGACAGAGGAAAGUGGAGAACCACAUGGAGCUGAUUAACUUGCACCUGGAAGAGGUAGANGUGGAAACUGGAGAAGAGAAAGGAAGAACUGGAGAACCAGCAACUGAACAUGGAGAAACUGCUGCAGAAAACAGAGGGUUUAAUAGCAACAAUAACAGAGAGACAGAGGAAAGCCAGUCUCAGGGGGCUAGACCUUCUCGAACAAUAGUGACAUUAGUUGGUGAAGACGUUAUCUUGCCUUGCCACCUGGAACCCGCCCUGGAUGUUGUUUCUAAGAGUGUGGAGUGGGGUACACCUGACCUGGAACCAAGAUUUGUCCACGUGUGGCACGAGGGUCAAAACAUUCUCAGUAACCAAAACCCAUCUUACAAAGGAAGAACAUCAGUGUCCAUUGAGAAACUGAAGCAUGGAGACCUUUCACUGACACUGUCUGCAGCCAAACUCUCCGAUAAUGGAAUCUAUAGAUGCUACUUUCCCCCACAGAAUAAAGAAUCUACUGUUGAGCUUGUUGCUGCUUCUGUCUCCUCACCUGUCAUAGCAACGAUUAACUUAAACAGCAGCAUAGUUGUACUACAGUGUGAGUCUGCAGGCUGGCAUCCAGAGCCUGAGGUGUUGUGGCUGGACGGUGAGGGAAAGCUCCUCUCUGCUGGACCUACAGAGACAGUCAGAGGUCCUGAUGACCUCUAUACUGUCAGCAGCAGAGUGACUGUGGAGAAGAGACACAGCAACAGCUUCACCUGUAGAGUCCAACAGAGGAACAUCAACCAGACCAGAGAGACAGAAAUACACAUUACAGCUGAUUGCUUUGAGGCCUCGUCUUGUUCUGCUGCUCGUGUCAGCAUUCUCGUGGUUAUGUUCCUCACUUUUAUUUUUGCAGCGGCCUUUGUCGUGUGGAAAUGGAGACAACACAAAAUCAAAGACACAAAGAUGAACCGUGACGCUGAGAGAGCAAAGACAGAGAGAGAGCAGCUCAUGGCAGAACGCAAGAAAAUGGAGGAUUUGGAGGAGAAAAAGGCAAAACUUGAAGAAAUGUUACAGAAGAAUGAAGAAGAAGAGAAAGACUUGGAGCAGGUGGUUAAAACACUGAUGGAACAGGAGGAGCAACUGAAAGAACAGAGAGAUCAAACAGAGCAUCAAAAGGAUGACAUGGAGAGAAACAUUACAGAUAUUGAGAACAAGCUUCAGUCAGUGGAGAAGAUGGCAGAGAGUGACCGAUACCAUGAGAUGAAGAGCAUUGUGUUAACGGCCAAAAAUCAGUUGAAGGGUAGGAAACAAGAAGAUGAAAAACUUCAUGUGGAAACACAGGGACUUCUGACUAAAACACAAAGUGUGAUAAAUAGAAUGACAGACAGGAAGAAGGCAGCGGAAAACUACAAGGAGACACUCAGUGAGCAGCUGGAGGAGAUAGAGAAACAACAAGAGGAGAUUCUGAGGAAAUUGUAGUUUAGUUCAUAGUUUAUUGGAUAAGGACAUCACAGUAGCACUAGAAAUGUACCUUUAUGUAACCCUCAGCCUUUAGAAAAUACAUGCACACAAAACAAACAAACAAAAACUUAAUUGUAAAUCUAUUUACAAAAUACAUCCACCAAUACUUUGCCAAAGAUACAGCCAAAAAUAAACACAUACAAUACAUCCCCAUAUCCAUACAUAGAAGUACAUCCACACAAAAUACAAAAUACAAAUGUUACUGCAGUAUUUACUGUUGUUUCUCUUUUUAACCAUAAUCUAAUACCUCUAUUAGGAACAUUAAAAUUGGGCUGCACUGACAAUUCAGUUGGUACACUUUCACAGUUUUGCUCUUUGAACAGAAAAGACUGAUUGUCCAAAUGUAAUGCAAUGCAACAGUUAGAGUUUGUUGAAGCUGUUGUGUUGACUCUGCUGGUGUGCUGGUGUCUUGUGUCAAAUUCAUGAAGCAGAGAGGGAGCAUGUUCAUGGAGGCAUUUCAAAAUAAGCGUUAAGUUGGAACAGAUUCUGAAACUUUCAGAGCUUAACAUAUUGUGUUUUUUAAAGCCACCUUAUUUUUUAGUCCAUAUUUUUUAUUGUCUGAAAAACAUUGGUAUGAGUUAUACAGUUGAUUGUGAGGCUUGUGAUGAGGUGGUGAUGCAGUAUGAUAUAUGUGAGGAUAUCAUGGCAUGCAUACAGAGCUGGGCUGUGCUGAGGGAAAAAUACUGACCUGUAAGUGUAAAAAAGUUUUGAUUUGCUUUAACUUUUUUUUUUUUUUACUUUUACUUUGAGCGAAUAGAUUACCAACAGACAACAACUAAUCUGAUAAGGCUUUGUUUGUAUUUUAUGACAUGAGUAAGAAUAAGAGUAAGACAUCUUCAUGCCAGGUCUAAACAUUGUAAUGAAAUUAUUAAAAUUAUUAUUUAAGAUCAUAACAAUACCUAUAAAGCUGCAAUUAUUCUUUAAAAAACACUUUCUGAUGAAAUUAUUCUCUUUUCAAUAAUGUAAGUAUUGCCACUGAUGUAAUGUAAUAUUGUUUUAUUUUUGUGAUCAUUAGUGCAAAAAUGUAAGAAAUGUUCUCACAGAUUGGUCUCAUCACCAUUUACAUUUACAUUUUGGGUAUUCUUGUUUUUUUCAUUGAUAGAAGAAUGAACAGUUUCUCAUGCUGGAUGUCCAGAAACCAAAUAAAUGUGAAAUUA